UGUUGCACUGCCAGAUCCUGCUCUGGUAAAUCCUACCUCGAUCUGACGUGCAUAUGAUUAAUAAGGUUCCGAUCGCAUGUCUAAUACUCGAUACCUUUUUUAUACUAGGUCAACUUCAGUAUAUGCCUAGGUUAACCGACUAAUCGCUUUGGAAUCAACGUCCCAGCCAAGCAGACCUUGCACUAUCCGAUGUCGUGAUCAUUCUAGACUUGUAAUUGCACUUGCAACUGGAUCUGCGCAUUGCAAGGCGCAGGGCGCAAGGUAAAGUUCUGUCUAGCCAUCUAGGUUAGCUGGCUUUCAUAGUAGAAUCGAUGGUGGAAUCAAUAGUAGAAUCGGGAUCGGAGGCGGAGACACACACACGGCGCAGCGCCGAAAAAAACACUUUACUAAGCCAGCUGCCGCUUUCUUAUCAAUCAAUGCUCCCAUGCCUUCCAUUUGAGCCAUUUCGAGCCAUUCACCGUCCACAUCCCGAGACAACCCUGAAAAAAAGACGUCACCCCGCUUACUGCGCCGGCUCCCCUCCCCCACCAAGACCAAGCACUGCAUAUCUCGUGCAUACGCCCCUCGCCUGCCUUAAUUCUUUGUUUAUACUUCGGCCGCCUCUCCGCUCCGCUCCGCUUCGUCUCUCAUCACGAAAUCCUAUAUAAAUGCACGCCUUGGUCUUGCUCGGCAGGCUCACCGCUGCAUCAACACCUGUCUCUGCAUCUUCUACUCUCUGUGUCCCUACAAUCGCCAAGAUUCAGUUCUCAAAGACCGCCGUAUCCCGCAUAACCUCUCUGUCAAGACAAUUCUCCUCGUCUUCGCGCAUCAUGGCUCCUAUUUCCAAGGAGACUGAUUUCCUCGUCAUUGGCGGUGGUAGCGGUGGCCUCGGUGCCGCUCGCAUGGCCAGCGGGAAGUUUGGCGCCAAGGCCAUGAUCGUCGAGUCCAGCAGAUUGGGAGGCACAUGUGUAAAUGUCGGCUGUGUACCCAAAAAAGUCACAUUCAACGCUGCCGCCCUCUCAGAAGCCAUACACGACAGCAAAGCCUAUGGAUUCAACGUCAAAGAGGCGGCGCCCUUCGACUGGCCUACUUUCAAAGAGAAGCGAGACGCCUAUAUAAAACGGCUGAACGGUAUCUACGAGCGGAACCUGGCCAACGACAAGAUCGAGUACGUUCACGGCCGCGCAAAGUUGCUGUCCAAGAAUGACGUCGAGAUUACUUUGGAUGACGGCACGAAGACCAAGGUACGCGCCAACCGAAUUCUAAUCGCCGUUGGCGGUCGUCCUGCCAGCUUCCCGGACAUUCCGGGCGCCGAUUACGGCAUCAACAGCGACGGCUUUUUCGACAUUGCGACUCUACCAAAGAAGGUUGUCCUCGUCGGCGCCGGGUACAUCGCUGUCGAAUUCGCCGGCAUGUUCAACGCCCUCGGCGUUGAGACACAUCUCUUCAUCCGCCAUAAGACCUUUUUGCGCCACUUCGACCCUAUGAUCCAGGAAGGCGUCACCGCAGAGUACGAGCGCCUGGGAGUGCACCUACACAAGGAGUCGACGCAGACGCGUGUGGACAAGGACUCCGCCACCGGCAAGCUUACGAUACACUACAAGGACAGCAAUGGCGAGGGCCAGGUAUCAGACGCCGACCAUCUCAUCUGGGCUAUUGGUCGCGUGCCUGAGACGGACCACCUGGGUCUCGAGAACGCAGGCGUGAAGACGAACCAAACCGGCCACGUCGUCUCCGACGAUUUCCAAAACACCUCGGUCGACAACAUCUUCGCGCUAGGCGAUGUAUGCGGCAAAGCCGAGCUGACGCCCGUCGCCAUCGCCGCCGGUCGGCGUCUCGCAGAGCGCCUCUACGGGCCGGCGGAAGUCUUCGCCAACGCGCACCUCGACUACUCCAACAUCCCCAGCGUCGUCUUCUCGCACCCGGAGGUCGGCGCCAUCGGGCUGACGGAGCCCGAGGCCGUCGAGAAGUACGGCCGCGAGAACCUCAAGAUCUACAAGACGAGCUUCACGGCCAUGUACUACGCCAUGAUGGACCCGUCCGAGAAGGGCCCGACCAAGUACAAGGUCAUCUGCGUCGGGCCCGAGGAGAAGGUCGUCGGCAUGCACAUCAUGGGCCUCGGAUCCGGCGAGAUGCUGCAGGGCUUCGGCGUCGCCAUGAAGAUGGGCGCCACCAAGAAGGACCUCGAUUCCUGCGUUGCCAUCCACCCCACGAGCGCCGAGGAACUAGUCACGCUCAAAUAAAAGAGGGGACAGAAUAACCCAUUAGUUAGGAGGGGUCCUUCACGAGAGAUAUGAAUAAAUAAAAUAGUAAUUCACAAGAAAAGUAUAUAGGACGUAAUACGGUUGAUGUGACCCAAGAAAAUAGGAGCGUCAAAACAUACUAUACCUCCAAGGAUACAUGAAAUCUUGAAAAAGGGGCCAUAUCAGACAUACAUGCAUUUUUGUAUACAUGUACCUUCCAAUAGACAAAGCGAGCAAGCAACUACCUAGAGCACGUCUUGCAGCGUUUCAAAAUUCACGUACCGCUACCCUAGAUAUGGAAAUGAAAGGGGCAAUAGACAAGAGAUAAAUCAAAAUAAACGAGUUUUCACAAAAUAGAGGGAAC